AUGUCCCUCCGCACAGCAGUCGCCUCGGCCUCGCGCGCGGCCUACGUCUCGCCCCUCGCUGCGAGCGUGCGGUACGCUUCGUCGUCGGCCGCCGCGUCGUCGUCGUCGUCGUCGUCCUCUGCCGCUACUGCUGCCGCCGCCGAGCAGGCGUGGACGGUCCCCGAGGUGCACCUUGGCCCGACGCACCAGGUGCGCUACCGCGACCACUACAACAACAGCCUCGCGUCCGACCUGCUGUACAUGACGUACAACCACCGCGCGAGCGAGACGGCCGACAAGGCGGUCGCGACCGCCGUCGCCAAGGCCGCGGCAGAGCAGCCAAAGGUCACGGGCUACGAGGCCAACCGGCCCAACGCGAAGCCGCGCGGCAACCGCCCAGUCAAGCAGGUGACCAAGGGCAUCACGGUCGAGCGUAUCCCCGAGCUCGAGUCGAUCACCCUCCACACCAUGGUCAAGGCCGCCAUCGGCAGCAAGCACCAGCUCCUGACGGGCAUCAUGCUCCUCCGCGCCAUCUCGGGCGAGUCGUUCCAGGGCGGCGGCCGCGCCUCGACCGGCGUCCAGGUCGUCGUCUCGAGGAACGGUGCCGCUGCGUUCAAGCUCCGCGCCGGCAUGCCCGUCGCCGCCAAGGUCGAGCUCCGCGGCGACGCCAUGUACGACUUUAUCCAGUCCCUCGUCGACUUUGUCCUCCCGCGUAUCCGUGAAUUCCCCGGUAUCGAGCUCCCCGCCGCGUCGGCGUCCAAGACCUCGCCUUCGGCGCUCAGCGGCGUCGUGUCGUUUGGUGUCUCGGGCCAGGCCGCCGCCCUCUUCCCCCAGGUCGAGGCCAACCUCGACAACUACCCCCGCAUCCCCGGUUUCCACAUGCACUUCAAGACCAACGCCAAGGGCAAGGACGCGCAGGAGUUUGCCCGCACGCUGCUGAGCGGCUUCAGGAUACCCUUCCACAGGAAGUAG